AGAAAUGGUCAACAGCGUCUUGUGAAGUUUAAAUUCUGUUGCCAUGAGCCAGAAGCAGUGACAUUAAUGAAACAUGGUUUGUGGCCUUCAUCACCCAAGGAACCACAAGCAGCAUUUGAAAAAAAUCUUAUGGAAUUGGUCAAAUAUAUCUUCUUGGAAUGCCGAACAUCUUUAAAGUCGAUAUGUCAGGCAAUAUACUGGAUUAUGCCUUCUCUUUCACCAGUUUAUGUAAAGGACAUAUAUCGGCUACUUGUUGGUGAAAAUUUUGGAGAAUACCGUUACCUUAGCUACAUGCUGGAUACAUUUGGUGGGAAAAAUGUGCAGUUGGAUAAUGUUAGUCAAUGCCCUGCAUGCCCUAAGAAAAGUGGAAAUAUGUAUGUAUCUUUGGAUGCUUUAUUUGGCUGUGUGAGAAAGAUAAGCGCUGGGACAAGUGUUAGACCAGCAAACCAUGGAGAAACACUUUUCAUAGAGCAAACAAAAGUGGAUUCUUUUUUGAAGAAUUACAAAGUUACAUCAUCAUUAAAGUCACAAGUGUCCUGCCAUAACUUCCAAGCUGGAUCAAAUCUCAGAUCUAAGGUGAAGACUAAAAAAUUAGAUGAAACUGCAAUAUUUGGAGCAGGUUGCAGACAUGAAGUGCCUUUAAAAUUCUUUAGUCUAAAAAGAGGGGAAGAAAUUGGAAAUGCAGUUUAUUUGCUGAAGUGGUUGAAAGAAAGUACAAACAACAAGAAUUUGAACAUCUAUUUGUAUUAUGAUAUAGCAUGUACACUGGAAUCUCAUUUGAAGAGAACAAAUCAGGAGGCAUUAUUGGAAAAUGUUAAGGUGGCCAUUCCUACAUUUCACUGCUAUGGACAUAAAGUAUCUUGUCAGCUUUUGUUUUGUGAAUUUCCUGCAAAGAAGCGAGGGUUGCGGGACUUGAUACGGCCAUAACAGGACUGGAAUUAACAGGCAAAGAAACAUUGGAUGUGUCCGACAAAAGAGGAGAAGAAGUAGAUGUAAGACAACUAGAGGUAAGAGGAUUGAAAGCAGAAGGUUUUGAAACAGAAGAGCUAGAAUUAGGGACAUUAACAGAGGCAAUAGAAAUGCGAGGAUUGGAUGUUGAAGGAGUAGGCAGGGAAGAACUAGAACUGGGGGAGCUAGAGACAGCAGGACUGGAAGUAAGAGGA